CUUCAAUUAUUUGGACAACUACCAACAGCAGCCUAGACUUAGCCUUGUCAAUUUAGAACCAUGGGCUUCGUAACAGUGACGCCUGCUGCACUGGUUUCUGAUGGUGAAUGAACUGUAGCAUAAUGAUUAUAACUCAUGACGCUCUCACGGACAUGGAUUCCGAAGUACCUUGGGAAGUAAUAUGUUUUUUCUUUUUAAAUUCCAAUAAACGAGAAGAUAGCGAAGCAUAGAAAGAACUGGGACCACAUCAUCCAAAUUUAAAAACAGACCAAAGCUUCACUAACCAGAGAUCAAGGUAAACAAUACCUAGCUCGGUUCAAGAUGGAUGUAGAGAAAGUGUUUCACAUGACUGGAGGAAUUGGUAGCACGAGCUACGCCAAAAAUUCCUCCCUCCAGAAGAAAGGAAGUGACAGGGUGAAGCAUAUCAUCAUAGAGACGGUGAAGGAGCUGUACCAAGCAAGCACACCAGAGAGCUUGGGCAUUGCGGAUUUGGGGUGUUCCUGUGGACCCAACACACUCUCAACCAUCAGAGACAUCUUUGAAGCCAUCCAAAACACAAGCCAGGAGAUCCACCGUCCAGCUUCGGAGUUAAGGUUUUACCUUAACGAUCUUCCCACCAACGACUUCAACUCAAUCUUCAGGGCCCUGCCAGAUUUCCUCAGGUCUCUCUGGCAUGACACAGAAAGAGGAUCUUCUCCUUCCAUCUUCAUGGGAGCCUACCCUGGCUCUUUCUAUGGAAGACUCUUCCCCAACAAUUCCUUGCACUUCGUCCACUCCUCCUACAGUCUACAUUGGCUUUCCAGGGUUCCCCCAGAACUGUAUGAUGAAGAGGGGAAGUCGAUAAACAAAGGCUGUAUAUCCAUUUGCGAGUCAAGUCCUGAAGAGGCGGCGCGGGCAUACUACAAGCAGUUCGGAGAAGAUUUCUGGAAGUUUCUUAGAUCGAGAUCGGAGGAGGUGGUUGUCGGGGGAAGGAUGGUGCUCAUAUUUCUGGGAAGAAGAGGGGCGGAACAUGUUGACCGAGGCAACUCUUUCUUCUGGGAAAUUCUUUCCCGUUCCUUUGCCGUUUUGGUCUCCAAGAUGCUGGACAAGGAAAUUGAAAACCCAGACUGGGAGGGCAAUGAAUGCUCAGGUCACCCAUAAAGCGACUGCCGUUUCGGACCUUAGAGAUAUCAUGGGCCGGGCCCUUGCCUACUUUAAAAGCCAAGCCACAGCCAAUAUGUGGAUAACAACACACUAAUUAUUUUCUCAUUCCAAUCAGCCAUUUCUGCUUUUGCACGCUUGCUGCUUCUGUCCCUUCCACUGUUUGACGCGUGCCCUAGCACAAAUCCCACUAUUUAUUUCAUUGUUCCCUUCCACGUGCCAUGGUAAACCUUUUUUUUUCUUCAAAAUUUUAAUAAAAAAAAAACUUUGGGACUCAAAUACUCGAAAUUUGCCUCCCAAGACAAUAAUUUUCCCGAGCUUUUCAUGUCUGAAUGUUCUGUGAUACAGCAGUUCAAUAAAACCAGGGUUUCCCCUUCCCUGCUCUCGAUGGCCCACGGAGGCAUGAUGAGCACCCACUUCAAAAGGGUAAAACCCUUCCGGUUUUGGGUAUGGGGUUCUUGGAUCGUAGCUUCAAAACGAUAGACAUUGAUGAUGUUGCAGUCUUGGUUACUUUCUUCUAUUUUGUUCACUCUGUGCUGCCUCAGAGGAACCUUUUUGUCAUGCUCAAACAACGUGGAAAACCUCCCUUCUCUUGCUUGUCCAUAGAGAAUCCAAAAUUUGAAGCACGCUUUUUGUUUUCGUUUGAAUCCCGAAACCUUGGUAAUUUGAGGUGGUUUAUUCAUUACCAAGUGGUUUUGGGAUUGAUAGAGCUUUUCAAGCCAGAGGGGUCGCCAUCACUGGCAUGUUCAUGUUGAGAAAGAAGACAGCGACGACAAAUAUUAGGUUCCCAUUAUUCUUCUCAAAGUUGAACAGCUUGCCGUUUCAUAGAAAUGAAACAUAUUUCGAAUGAGACUGAGAUUCUGAGAAUAUUAACGCCGUAUUAAACAAUAAUAAUAGAAGGUGGGUUCCGAGUUUUAAGAGUAACUCGAGAGAGGUUCCGGUUGGGUUCGCCAACAACGAAUAGUCAUGGAUAAGAGGAGAUAGAAGGUGGCAAGUUUUGUUUAAGAUGGAAUCGGAGUGUGUGUGUUUGCUUUUUGUCUCUGCCUUCAUUAAAGCAAUGGUCCCUCGGUACCCUCCACUAACACGGGAUUCCCCAUGUCCACGAAAAUAAAUUUGUGGGCGACGCCGUGUGUGUUGUGUGUGACCUUCCAAUUUUUCAACCUUCAACUUGCCCUUCCUUCUCAUCUCUUCAUUAUUACUAGUACUCUGUUGCGUGAUGAACUUUAAUGAAACCACAUAUUGUCUUUUGACCUAGACUUUUAUCUAAAUCCCACAAGAAAACUAUCUGAACCCAUUUUCCUGGAAGUGAUCAUGAUUCAUGAGUCUUGCCAGCUUCGGUGGAAGGCCAUAAGAACUCAACAAGGGAUAAAGAGGUGUAUAUUUUGGAAAGAAAAUUAAGUAGGUUUGGCUGGCCAUAUGAACCAAUGUAGAUUCUAGUUAAUCUUUUCACACAUGAUGAAAACUGAAAGUGCUACAAUAAAAAGAACUCUUUUCUAUCUCAUUUAAAAGGCACAUUUAAAAAAAAUUAUUUAACCUCAUUUAUAAAUUAUGAUAUAAUUUUUUAAAUAAUAUUAAAAAAUAUUUUUAAAAUUAUCAUUUAUGAAAGAAAAAAAAUAAUAUAAUAUUUUUUUUAAAUUUAUUAUACAGAGAC